AUGGCCUUAUCUUCUCUCAUCAAAGACAAUACUAGUAUUCAUCAUCCACAAAAAAAGGAUAGUAAAAUGAUGAUCAUCCGCACCAUUGAUCGAUUGGAAACCAAAUUGAAUUACUUGCAAACAGAUUGUACCCUGAUUGAUAUUGUAGUGAAAUCAUUGCAAUCCUUCUUUUUGGUCAAACCUUUAACAACCGCAGAGCAAUUGAUUCAAGUAGACAAAGAACUUAGUAUUGCUCAUGAUAAUGUCUUGGUUCAAAUAAGAGCCUUGCAUCACAUCAAUUGA